UGCUGUUGGGAACCUUCUCCUGCUCCAACAUGUGGCGCACACGCUGCGUCAGUUGUCAGCUGUCCAGUUGUGCGCUCUCUCGGGGGAAAAGCUUUUUGUUUGGAACUUUCUGUAAGUGAGUCAGCGCCGCGCGUGGAGGAAGACGCGCCCCGCUCUCUGGAUCUCUGCGCCGGGCUUCUGUCUUCUUCUCCGGGACACAGACACACAAACUCCGCCCGAGGAUUUACUGGGUUUUAUCUUCACACACCGGGGAUGGUUAUCGCCGUUUUCACGCGGCUUCUUCCACUUUGGGAUUAACGCGUUGGAGGAGAAAUGAAAGUGACGGUGUGUUUCGGGAGGACGCGCGUGGUGGUUCCGUGUGGAGAUGGGAACAUCAGGAUCCACAGCCUGGUCGAACAAGCGGCCAUGAGGUAUAAAAAAGCCAUCGCAAAGGACACCGGCUACUGGGUUCAAGUGCACAGGCUGGAACAUGGAGAUGGAGGCAUUUUGGACCUCGAUGAUAUGCUGUGUGAUGUGGUGGAUGACAAAGACAGGCUGGUGGCAGUGUUUGAGGAACAAGAUCCGCACAACGGAGGCGAUGGUACCAGCGCCAGCUCCACAGGGACACAGAGUCCUGAACCUUUUGCCAGUGAGACGGGCUCAGCAUCGGCCUUCCAGCCCUACCAAGCCAACAGUGAAAUUGAGGUUACUCCGUCUGCUCUGCAAACCAGCAUGUCUCUCAACGUCCGUCGCAGCAGUGAUCCCUCCUUGGCCGGCCUUCCUCCUGGCGGCCUUCCUCCAGGCGAGGUCUUUGUUGGUCAGGAGGAGCCGUCCAGAAAGAACCCAGUUCGCUGGUCCACAGCUGCCGGUUACCAGAAGUACGGCCAUAAGCCCAACACAAGCAGCCUAGAACGAAAGGCUAGAGGAGCCCAUGCCUACCGGAGUCUUCCUCGUGAUGCGAAUGGCUGGACCGCUCAGUUCCAGAGAGAGAUGACUCGAUCCUCCCUGAGUGCCAAUCAUCCGAUGGUGGACCGAUGGCUUGACCGGCAAGAACAGGAGGAGGAAGAAGAGGACAUGAGACAGGAGAGAAGAAUUGAAAGGAUAGAGCCAAUCGGAAGAGCCGACCCUUCACUGGACCAGUCACCUGUGUUCAGUAUUGAAGGCAUGCUCAAGCCAGUCAAAGUGUCCAAUGAAGGAGGGCCCCUGGGGAUCCAUGUGGUCCCUUAUGGUUCGCAGGAUGUCAGGACUCAGGGCUUGCUGGUGAAACGUUUGGAGCGUGGUGGGAAAGCUGAAAAGGAACGUCUCUUCCAGGAGAACGACUGCAUCAUCAAGAUUAAUCAGACAGACAUUUGCAACCUGCGCUUCGAACAAGCCCAGAACAUCUUCCGCCAGGCGAUGCGUUCCCCACUCAUCCUUUUCCACAUUGUUCCUGCGGCCAUGAAGAAGCAGUACGACCUGCUUUCAGCCCAGAGCGAGUUCAGUCCAUCCCAGACAAACCGGGUCCGUUUCAGCCAAGACUCACAGCACUCAGGGGACAGAUCGAGUCAGGCAUCCAGAUCUGGACCGCAGCCUGGCCUCAACCACAACCACCAGGGUCCCCUCGCAGGAAGCACCCCAGAGCCGACUCGACGGUUUGCCACUCCCCAGCUCUUGAUCUCCAGGACCUCCUCUACCUCCUCUCCGACCCUACAGCGUAGGAUAAGCUCAAACCCGCCCAUCAGUUCCUGCUUGAAGAAAAAAGGCAACAGAGUCAACAUCCAGCUAAAGAAAGAUACAGAGGGUCUUGGAUUUAGCAUCACAUCCAGGGAUGUCCCCAUUGGUGGGAGUGCUCCCAUUUAUAUCAAGAACAUCCUUCCACGGGGGGCGGCCAUCCAAGAUGGCCGACUGAAAGCUGGGGACCGGCUGCUGGAGGUAGGCGGAGUGGACGUAAAUGGGAAGAGCCAGGAAGAAGUGGUGGCCCUUCUCCGAGCCACACCCAUGGGAGGGACUGUGAACCUGGUGGUGAUUCGUCAGGAGGACCCCCUGCUGCCCCGAGAAGUGUGGGCUUCAUCUUCAAUUUACCAACUUUGGCAAAAAGAAGAAGAUGAACUGCUGUUGACCCACGAUGGUACAAGACAGAUGUUCAUGACCUAUGAGAUCCCCCUGAAUGACUCGGGCUCCGCAGGUUUGGGGGUCAGCGUCAAGGGGAACCGGUCCAAGGAGAACCACGCUGACUUGGGCAUCUUUGUAAAAUCCAUUAUCAAUGGAGGUGCUGCUAGCAAGGACGGACGUCUGCGGGUCAACGACCAGCUCAUUGCUGUUAAUGGAGAGUCACUGCUCAGGAAGACCAACCAGGAAGCCAUGGAAACACUCCGCAAGUCCAUGUCCGUGGAGGGGAACAUACGAGGGAUGAUUCAGCUCGUCGUGGCUCGGCGGAUGGCCAGAGAUGGCGAGGAAAUCCCUGCCAGCCCUGGAUCGUUGGUGCAUCCUGUUAUCUCUCCUCUGGACAGCCAUGAACGUCGGAUCUCUGACUCUUUCUUCGAGCCAUCGGAGGCCGUGGACAGCGCCCUCACAGCACGGCGGAAAGCGGUCGCACGCAUCGGUCACUAUCAGCUCUCCCCGACUGUCAACAUGCCACAGGAUGACAUAGUGAUGAUUGAAGAUGAUAGUGCACCCCUGCUUCCAGCCCCCCUGUCGGACCAGUCGUCCUCCAGCUCCCACGAUGAUAUGGGUUUUGUUGGAGAGGAACCAGUUCCCUGGAUUCAUGACCUACCUGGUCAGAACGAAUGCUCACUCAGUCCAGAUGCAGAUGCCGACGCUUCUUUCCAGAGGGAGGGCUUCGGCCGGCAGAGUAUAUCCGAAAAGCGGACCAAGCAGUAUGAAAGUGCUGCGCAGCUGGAGAUCAUCAAGACUCGCAAGUCCAAGAGCAUGGAUCUGGGUUCUGCAGAGCAAGAUGUCAGACCGUCUCCGGGUCUGAAAAAGUCCAGCUCACUCGAAAGCCUCCAGAAAGCCAUCGCUGAGGCAACGCAGAACAACGAGAUCACAGUCCAGAGGGUGCACUCGCACAUUGCCAGAGGCCGCGGGUGCAACGAGAGCUUCCGAGCAGCGAUCGACAAGUCGUAUGAGAAAUCUUUCCUCACAUCGAGAGACGAGAACAGCACAGAGACAUUGGAUGAGGACACGGAGGGGAGCUCCCGGUCGGGGCCUGAGUCCUUGUCCGCCAGUGGCGAACUCCGGCCGAACGGCAACCCCUCUACAGACUUCAGGCGGAAGGAUGGAGCCACGGCUGGGCUGGUGGAAAAGAAGAAAGUGGAAAAGGAGAAAGAGAAAAACAAAGCGAAGAAGGGCGUGCUGAAAGGCCUGGGCGAGAUGUUCAGGUUUGGAAAGCACCGGAGGGAUGAGCGGUCAGAUGACAGGAUGGAAAGGAAGAGCUCCAGUAAAUCUAAAGUGGAGGACGUGCAGGCAUCGGAAGAGGAGACUCGGCAGAUGAGGCUUGAACAAGAGAGAAUAAAGGCCAAGACACAGGAAUUCUGGGAGCAGCAGGCAAAGGAGCGAGAAUAUGCCGAAAUCCAGGAUGUCGUCAGCCGCACCUUCAGCUCGGACGAGGAACACACUUACGCCGGUAUCGGAUCGUUGGACUCGUCUGCAGACAGCAGCAUGGAUGUUUACAGCCAUCCCUACCAUCUCCCCCAGAGUCCCCAGAGCCCUCACCCUACCCUGAACCUGGAGAGCAACGGUCCAACCGUGGAGGCGCUGUACGCCCAGGUCAACAAAGCUCGGGGUGGACGUCCCGCAGCUUCAGACAGUCAGAUGACUCCCAGUAACCACGACCGGAUACAGCAGUUGAAGCAUGAGUUCCAGCAGGCCCAGCAGGAGGAAGACCUUGAAGAUCAUCAGCACACACACAGCUUUGACCAGUCCUGGAUAAGCAAUGGGACGGAGACCCACAGCGGACGGCAUUCAGCAUCUGUUGAGACCCAGGUCCAGAAACAGCAGCAAGAAGACAGAGAUGGUUUCCAGCAACCACAGAGGCAGUACAACUCACUGCCACGGUACCCUCGUAAGAACCACAGCACAGUGUCCCAGGACUCAUGGGACAGAGUGUAUGCAGCACCUGAGGGAUUCCAGACACCAAAAGGGAACCCUCACUACUCCGGUGGCCAGGGGUCUCGCAACAGUUACCUCGGAGCGUCCAGCUUUAACGCUCGUGUCCUCUUAGAGACCCAGGAGUUGCUGAGACAAGAGCAAAGACGCAGAGAGCAGGAGGCCAACAAAGCCAGAUUGUCCAUGGUGCAGGAAGCCCCCAAAGGCAGCCCUCAGGCCUCUACGAUCCCGGUCCCUGUACUGGCCCCACGGCCUUUGUCUAAGGGCCCCUACAGGCAGGACGUCCCCCCAUCACCUUCUCAGCUGGCCAAGUUCAGCUGGCGUCAGGGUUCAGAGAAAGGAAGGCUGUUUUAUUCCUGAGACAAGCUUUUCUAUAAAACAUAGAGAUGCAAAGUUUUUAUGAGUUGGUUCUUAUGAACUUUUUAUAUUUUUAAAAAAAAGAGUUUUUUUUUUUAGAAAAGAAAUGAUUUGAAAGGUUUUUAUUGUUCAGAAUUAUGUAUAAAAGUGCCUUUUGAUUGUUCACCUCUACUAGGCAUCAGCCACCCAACCCCCUCUUGUUAUGCCCUCCAUCUGACGUGCAGGAAAGCAGACAUGGCAGCAGAAGGUUCUGGGUCGGGCCGCUGCUGCGUCGCUAUCUGACAGCAGUCUGACCCGAGCAACAUAACCUGGAGAGCGUGACAUGUUGUGUACCACCUGGCUGAUGGCAGGAAUCCUCCUGGAGUUCAUGUUUGUCUGAAUUACUUUUACUCUUCAUGUGGACUUUAUCAAUCAAGUCGGUGUGUGUGUGUGUUUGUGUGUGUGUGUUGGCAGACACCGAUGUGCAGACAGCGAGCGGAGUUUAAGAAGCUUGUGUGAAAUGUAGAGUCAGAGCUUAGAUUUUGGGCAUGAGUGGCCACCCCCGCCUCACUUCAGGGAAAUGUCCCUUUUGGUUUCAGAUACAGCACUUAGAGUCGGUGCCCUCCUUCCAACCCCUCCUCCCCCCUUCUUCUUCUCUUGUAUUCACUAUGAUAAUCCUGAAUUCCCUCUUCCUCCCGGCUGGCUGCUUUAUCUGAGUUUUUUCUCCUCACACUGUCGCCCUCACCAUUCCGCUCUCUCAGUGGAGGAAAACAGCUUUAGAUCUUCUUUAUUCUGCAGUUCUGCUUCGCUCACCCAGAAAAGAAGCAGCAGUAUAAACGAGGUCAGGUCUGGGUUAUUAAUUAAUGUGCUUCAUCAAAAAUGAAUGCACCCCUUUGUGUAUGUUUGUUGUGUGAGAAGAGGGGAGAGAAACAACGACCUUACCUGCAUGACUCCAGCCCUGCCUUCGCCUGGAAUGGUCGUAACCAAAUCCUGUUUUAGGUGCCUGAGCUGCUCCUUGAUGAACAUUUUAUUCAGAUUGUUGCAGGGAAACCACAUCCGCUGCGAAGUAGGUGGCCUCAGUGUGGGCCCACAUGGCCGAGGCCACUUACAAUAGAGCUGAUUUUGUUUUUCCCUCAUGAUUGUAUCCAUUGAUAAGAAACCUCUCAGGAGCUUUUCAUGGUUCAAUCAAUAAUUAGUGGUCUAUUUUUCAAAGUGUGUGUUUACGUUCAUGUCUGUUUGUGGCCGUGUUCGUGUAUUUCCAUCCUCACAAAGACGAGAAUUCCUUUGUUAGACUUUAAUGUGGGGGGAAAGUUCUGUGGAGGAUAAUUGUUGGGUCAUGGUAAAACCAGCUUCACAUGCAGAUAAAGCAUUGUCAUUAAUCACUUUGUUAUAUUAAUAAACCACACACUUGUGCUGUGAAUUUCACCACUAUAUCAUUACCAUCCAUUCUUAAAAAAGCAAACCUGUUGUAACAGUUAUUACAAGACAAUAUGGUGCUUAAUGAUGAAUGUGUUAAACAUUUUAUAAGCUGUGAAAGAAAGUAACAUGUGGAUGGAGGCUGAUGAUUGUGUUCGCAUCCAUUCACCCAUUAUCUACACCCAAUAUUCCAAUGCAGGGCUGCGGGGUGGGGGGGUGGAGCCUUUCCUUUGCUACUAGGUGAGAAGCAGAGCACAUCCUGGAAGGCUCGCCAGUCAAUCGCAGGGCCAACACAGGGAGGAUGUAUUUACAUAAAUGUUAAUAUACAGGCUGUAUGUUGAUAACUUGUCAUGUUUUGUUGGUUUUUCUUUACUUUUAUUUGAGUCUUGUGUUUUGGUUUCUUGUCUUACAUCCUUGUAUGUUCUGUUCUCUUUAGUUCCCGAUCUUACUUUGCUGCUCGCUUCACCUGCUCCUCGUUUAGUUCGUUCUCCUCAGUGUAUACUCGUGGCUUUGUUUUGUUCUCUCCCAGGUCGUCAUCAUCACUGUGGCGUCUUUCUUUCCUUGUCUUCAUGGGUUUUUCCUCUGUCCUGUUUAUCUGUUUAUUCAUUUGGUUUGUGUUCCUGCUGUAGCAGUGCCUUUUGUUUUGGACCAAUAAACUUCUGAUGCUUUCAUCUGCCCUCCUGAACUUUGAUUUUAUCUAAGGACAGGUUUUAGAGUGCAUCAGUAAUAGCAGUGGUUCCCAAUAUUUUUCUGCAGGGCCCCAGUUUCAUUGAUAGCAACAAUUUUAACAUCAACCUCCCCCCGAUCCCCGCCCCCCCACCCCGAUCACACUACCACAUACACCUCAAUGCUUACAAAGAAACAAAGAAUUGUGCCCCAAAAUAGUCUUAAGUGUACUGGCAGCUUCUUUGUUAACUACAGUUAAAACCAUGUCAGUAACAGAAGGAAAUAUCAUCUCCUCUGCUGUAGUGUGAGGUGGUUUUAAACCAGGAAACGCUGCGAUAUAUGACAGCUGAGCAGGUUAUUUCUAAAGUAAUGGCUUUUCUUUGUGUUCAGGAUGAGACAUCCCCAAGUGCUGUUAUAACUUAUUUGGCUUCUUAGUGUCAGAUGCUGAUAUAUUGAGACAUUAUUUGACCAUUACCUGGUCAAGCCCAGGUCAAGAUACGCCUCAUCUUAUUUAGUUUCUUUUCUUUUGGUAGAUGAUAUCUCUGUUUUUGAUUCAUCAUCGUUUGCUCAGUGGUAAUUUUACAAAUUUGUCCACGUUUUUUAGCCUUGCUGUGCUCCCCCCUGGGGGCCCGCACCCCAGUUUGAGAACCACUGAGUUAUGGUGAGAAGCUAGCUAAUAAAAGCGGGGGCAGGGGGUCCAUGGCUUUUGGAUAGUUAUGUGGAGAGGGUCUUUAAGGAAAAAGUUGGGAACCACUGCAUUAGGCGAAGGUCCAACUGCAGGUCUAAAAGCCCAACUACUGUGACAUUACAUCUAGUCAAACUGGUCCCUACACUGCCCCUACUGGUUACUGGAAUACUGCACUCCUCCAGAAAACUGACCCAAACCUGCGUUUAGGUGUAAGACCAGCAUUCAGAUUAAGAGACAACUCCUGUGUUUACUACUACUACCUAGUAUUUGACACUGUAUGGUGAGAGCAUGGAUUAGGAAAUGAACAAUAUUCAUGUGUAAAUAUAACAAGUGUUGAUAAGAAUAAAUAAAAUACAUCAGUUGAGCUUGUUUUACCACCAAUUUUUGUAGGUUGGCAUGUGUUUAUGUGUCUGUAAACAGUGCCAGUAAGUGGAUUCUCCAACAUGUCUGUCUCAGCAGCCAUGUGACCUGCUUGGCUGCUGAGUGGGUGAGCAGCAGAGGAGUAGGAGGGAGAGAAGAUGGGAGGCCUGACCUCGUACAUGAUUCAGUCAAUGGUGUAAUCACUACCAUUCCUCUGAGUCUUCAGUACAAACAAGGGGUUACCAGCGAGGCACUGCUCACUUUUACUGUCUCCUUUUCUUAUUUAUCGUAGUCAUCUUUUUUCAUCUGUCAGUUUAUGGGUGUAUUUUUUAUUUUUUUUCUGGACAGAUUUUCCUGUUAAUAAAAAUGGUGGCUGUUGUGUGUGUGUGUGUGUGUGUGUGUGUGUGUCAGUGUGAGGGGGAGGCUGGGAUGGGGGGUCAUCAGCAGCUGUUUUAGAUGAUGUUUCAUGUGUCUCCAUCAUGAACUGGAGGGGUGCUUGCAAUAAUGAGUUUUAUUUUUUCCCCCAUGGUAUGCAAAUCUGAUAAUAUCCCAUAAUGCACAUUUAUUAUUCGUGUUGUAUAAUUAAUGUUUCUGCAUCUCUGUUGUGACAUAUGGAUUUUCCCAUAAAGCUAUUGUUUAAGAGGGUUUUUUGGGUCCUGGGCGAGAUGAGAAUAUAUUAUUGUUUCACUGUGUUUUAUUAUCCACAAUAUGGUACUAUGCUGGUGAAGAAGACUAAUGUAAGCACUGUGCAAUUUUCCUUUUUACAACAGUGUAUCAUUAAGAAAUGUUUCUGCUGUUUUCUGUACAUACAGUAUUAACUUUUCACUGAAUAAAUUGAGGGUAGUUUCAGUCCUUGUAACAAUAA